GCGGCGGCGCGUGCGGCUGGGGGAAGGGGAGGGAGGAGCUCGCGCUGCCCGGACCAGCCCGCGCGCCGCCGCUUCCAGCAGCAGCAGCGCCUGCCGGGCGGAGGGUCUAGUUGGCGCCGCGCGGGCAAGAGCUGAGGCCAAGGCGGAGCGGCGCACGGGGGCAGCGAAGCCCCGGGGGAGGCGGCAACACCAUGGCCGGGCCCCCGCCGCCGCCCCCGGGCCAGGAGGCGCCGCGCUACCAGGAGUGGAUCUUGGACACCAUCGACUCGCUGCGCUCGCGCAAGGCGCGCCCGGACCUGGAGCGCAUCUGCCGCAUGGUGCGCCGGCGGCACGGCCCGGAGCCGGAGCGCACCCGCGCCGAGCUGGAGAAGCUCAUCCAGCAGCGCGCCGUGCUCCGCGUCAGCUACAAGGGAAGCAUCUCGUACCGCAACGCUGCGCGGGUCCAGCCGCCUCGGCGAGGCGGAACGCCCGCCGCCAGCCCCGCGGCCCCGCAGCGGCCGGCCCGCACUUCCCCGCCCAGCGCUCCCGCCGCCGCCGCCACCGCGACGCCCCGGUCCUCCCAGCGUGCAGCGCCCCGCGCGGAGCCAGCCGCGCCGCCGCCGCCGCCACCUCCGCCGCCACCGCCGCAGCCGCCGCCUCCUCGUCGGACCGGCCGGGAGCGACCGCCACCGCCUGCCCCCGCCCCGGAGGAGCCCUCCCCCGUCAGCCUGCGAGAGAUUGUGCGCUACUUGGGCGGCGACGGCGCCGCGCCGGGGGGCGGCCGAGUGACUCGAGGCCGAGCGCAGGGGCUGCUCCAAGAGGAGCGGCUGGAGAGGACCCGCUUGGGUGGCGGCGGGGGCGGGGGCGGCAGCGGCAACAGCGUCGCCUUGCCCAGGGCGGAGAGAGGCGCGCAGGCCCGGGCGCCCAGCGCCAGGGCUUACAGGAACAAGAAGGCAGGUGAGGAGGUCAAAGGUGAAGAAGAAGAAGAGGAGGAGGAAGAAGAAGAGGAUGAAGCCUCCACCAUGUCUGAAGGUUCAGAGGUGGCACAAGAUUAUGAGGCCAGCAACUACAGCAGACCUGGGAUAGGCCAGGUGAACGGGGACUGUAAGGACAGCAAGCAUGGUGGGAAAGAGAUCCCACCCAGCAGUGCCCUCACCAGAGACCUGCGCUCCCCCGAGGAGCAGCCCUUGAACAAAGGAUCAGAGCGUCCCCACCAUGAAGGAAAUGAGCAAUGUCAUACAAAGGCCUCUUGGCCUGGAGAAAGUGCCUGUCACCAUCUGGGGGGCAGCAAGAAAGAUGGCAGCGCCUAUCAGCAGCCAGACAGAGCAGUGUCACCAGCUGUUGCAGGUACUGAGCCCUCUGUGCCCUCAUCCCCUGGGAGACCUGGCAUCCAGGCAGAUGGGAGACCCUUCAGCUGCACCUCAGUGAAGGAGAAGCCUUCUGACCCAGUGGAAUGGACUGUGAGUGAUGUUGUGGAUUAUUUCACAGAAGCUGGUUUUGCUGAGCAAGCAUCUGCCUUUCAAGAACAGGAGAUCGAUGGGAAGUCUCUUCUGCUGAUGCAGCGCACCGAUGUCCUGACCGGCCUCUCCAUCCGCCUGGGGCCUGCUCUCAAGAUCUACGAGUACCACAUCAAGGUGCUGCAGCAGUGCCACUUUGAGGAGGACGAGGGCGACUCCUUCAUGGGCUGAGGAGGACGGGCGCAGCUCGCGAAGGGUGUGGAGAGCUUGGGUGGGGAGAAGUGAACGGGGACUCUGCCAACCGCUACUGUCUCAAGUCAUUUCAGCCUUUCUCUGCCUCCAUGAAAACAAAGAGAAGCAGCUGUGUGGGAAGGGGAAGAAGGACUUUGGCCAGAUUUUUUGUGAAAAUGGUGGGGAGGACAGAAAUGAUGAUCCAGGCUUUGCGGCUUCUCUACCCUGAUUGUCCAGAGAUAGGAAAGACAGGGAGGGAGGGCUGCAAAAAAAAUAUCCCACCCUUCUCCCAACCUGUCUGUGUUACUUACCCCAGCAUUUUACUUACCAUAGUGCAUUGUCUGUUCUUGGGAAAGGGUGGAAAGAUGUGGUUUUUGUUCCUCUUCCCAGCCGCAGUUUAAUUGAGAUAAUUUGUGCUUCAGCAUCCCCCCUUUCCCCUUCCCCUUUACCACCACAACAACAGCAACCACAGUAGCACUUGAUGGUCCUACCUGCUCCCCUCCCUUUGUUGCUGUUCUCAAGAAGACAAAGAUAGAGCCUGCUGAAGGUGUCAGGAGGUUUUAAUCAAAUAUCUUUUUAUUCUCUUUUCUGUUUGGGUAGGCUUUUCUUCCAGUUUUCAUGGUCGUUGCCCAGAGUCAACUGCUUUUUAUUAUUUCUUUCUUCCCAUUUUUUAAAAAAAAUAUAAAUAUUUAAACUGGAAAAAAACCCAGUUGGUUUAGUAUUCCCAGACUUGUUAGCUUUCUGGAAGGGGUAUUGGAUCACCUAAAAUGAACAUGUGUCUAAAGGACAAAAGUAUGUGUAAAAAGAGGUGGAAGUCCUAAGUUCUGCUCUCUUUUUCUCUCCUUUUUUAUUUGAGGGUGGUGAUGUCACCUAGUGGUGUUGCUAAUCGGUUUAUGGGAUGUAUUCUGACUAGUCCAGGGAUGGGAGCAGAACUCUGGAGUUCUGGCUCAAUUUUCAAUGCUAUAAUCAACUGGGGUAAAAAAGUGCGGUAACAUUUGCACCAUCACCAGGAGGUCUAAAAUGAAACACUUAGGGUUUAGGGAAGGUCUCUUUGCAGUGGCAGAGGCAGAUGACUCGUUGUCUGUGUAUAUUCACAACCAGGUGGCUUAGCUGGUGCUUCUAUAGCAGAUAAUAUAAGUGGAGCAAACACUCUGGGGACUGAAAAGAGCAAGGAAAGGAAAUGGUCCGUAGCCCUGUUCUCAGUUACGAAAAAUGGGGUGGUGGUUUUUGUUGCCUUAAGAAAGGAUCUCCUCUUGUUAAAGCAGGCCAAGCCCGCAAAGGUAGACUGUAAAGGCAAGAGGAGGUGGUUAAAAAAGACUACAGUGAAAUUGGCUCUUUGUGCACAUCAAAUGGGGAGGAUCUAGCUAUGGCACACAACACAAAAUCUGAGCUUUCUUGGUGAUUUUUCAGGGCACACCUCUUGAGUACCCCAGUUGCUUAGUAAGUAUCUGUUUCACAAAACAGUUUGAAACUCGUUUCACUGUCACGGCUUUCUGUAAAGAACUGCAGGAAUGGAAACCUUUUGGUGAGGCGGCUGAGAACUCUUUUGUAGUAUCUUAGACCCUUUUACAGAGCGGCACUUCCUAGAAUUUGUUGUUUUAGAGCCGUGGCAGAUGAGGGUUGAAACUGGUUUAAAUUUGGAAUGUAGACAGGCCCUUAGUACAGUUUGAGGAUCAGUGGAUAGACAGUAGCUACCCUGUUUAGUUGUGACUCAGAAACAGAGAAGCGUACGUAGCUCGAGACACAACCCAACAUGCAUGCCUAAAGGAAUGCACAGCUAGACAGGAGCACACUGAAUUUAUGUUCUCAAAAUUUUAUUUGGAACCAUGAGGGCUAGAAACCUAUUGUUUGAACUUUGAAAGCAGAGGUUCUCAAUGUUGUAGCACAAAAGUGCCUCAGGGGCUUACAUACCGGCUGCAUGUUGCCCCCUAUUGCACUAGACCCUACUAUUUUGUCCAGAGCUGGGAAUAAAAAAACAACAAGA